AGAGUAAAAAAAAAAAUAAUCCUACCUAUUCUUCCGACCAUUUCUUUCCUUUUUAUAACAGAUUAUCACAUGAUUCCAUGAAUCUGUUCUUUAUAACUGAACUGGCUGCACUAGUUCAUAAUUUAUCUUUCUCCUUCCAAUGCGGAGAGAAAAAGAUAAACUUUUCUCUCAACAGAGAGGUUCUCUGAGAGAACAGACCCAAUGACGUGAUCGUUCUUGUACGUUGUGUAUAGUGUGUUUAGUACUUUAGUAAGUACGUGUCUACGUGCGUCGCAGUACGUUAUAUUUGUACAUCACAAUGGCAGCGCCAGUGAAAAAGCGUGAGAUUCAGCAAAAAUUACACGACGAAGAGGAUCGUGUCUCUUCCAGCAGCGAGGACGAAGAAUAUGAGGUCGCGGACGAACAGGGAAUGGAGCUUCAAUUGGAUUUUGAAGGCCGUAAUCCACAAGAUCCAGAUUACCAUGGAAUCAAAACAUUAUUACAACAACUUUUUCUCAAAGCACAUAUUGACUUAGGUGGACUGACAGAUUUGAUAAUAUCUCAGAAUUAUGUCGGGUCUGUUGUCAAACAGUCUGAUGAUAUAGAUGAAUCCGAUGACGAUGACAAUGAUAUUAAUGAUGUAUUUGGUAUUACAACUGUCAUUAAUGUUUCUGAUAGGCAGGUGUGUGUAAAUAAUGUUGCAUGUAUACAACAGCUUAGGGAUUUAUUGAAGCAAAUAGCAGAUGAGCAUGCAACAGAUGCAGCUAACACUAUGAUAAAAAAUGUAUUGGAAAAUGAUGCAGCGCAACUGGGUUUACUCAUAAAUGAGAGAUUUGUUAACAUUCCAGCCAAGAUUUCAGUGCCACUCUUCGAAAACUUAAUUUCCGAAGUGAAACGUGCCAAUAGUAGAAAUAUGCCAUUUAAUUUCUCCUAUUACAUACUUAUAUGUAAACUAUACAAAACAGAAGAUAAAAAAAUGGGGAAGAAGUCAAAGAGCAAAAAUAAAAACACUGGCAGCGAACCAUCUAUAUUGUGGAGUAAUCCAGAAGAAGAGAUUUUUGCAGAAAACGCAACUGUUAGUUUCGAAUUCUCUGUUGAAGAAGAAGCAGACAGUGGUUUAUCUGGAACAUGGACUGAAACAGACGAUGAAAUGAUACCUUAUAGGCGAGUUCUUCUUUUCGAAGCUUCUAAAUUGCAAUCCAUAUUUGAUAAAAUACAGAAUCAAUUUUCUUAACUGAUUCUAUAAACGGUAUUAAUAUCGAUAAAAAGGCUGAGCCCACUGCAAAAUUUUGUUGCAACAUAAACAGAAGAUGUGCUUUUCAAUUACAAUUUCUUUGAUAUCUACAUAUGAUGAAGUGUAAUUGCAAUGGUAUGUGCACAAAAUUUUUUAUAAUAUAUCUUUUACACAAUGCUUAUGCUACAAACU